AUGACGAACGAUCUUCGUGAGCUGGAGAAGCAGGAUCGCAACAUCCGGAAGACGUUGGAAGGGAUGCAGUACUUCGUUGAGCAUUACAAUCCUGACCAAGUCGAUCAAGUGGCGAUUCGUCUACAGCGAUUAGAGGAAGUGUUCCAAGAAUUCCAUGCUGUCCGUCGGAAGAUAGAGCUGCUCACUGAAGAUGUGUUUCCCGAAGAAGAAGAAGAAAAAGUGGACCAGAAGGAAACCAAGGAACAGCGAAAGGCUCGUAUUGCCGGCGUGAUCCAAGCGAGAGAAGAAGCGAACGUCAAGAUCAUGAUGAAGAUCGAGAACGUCUACUACAAAAUCAAGGCUGCCCUCACCCGAUUGCUACCCAAAACGAGCCCCGUCGAUGCGGUGUCCGGUGGUCAACCCAUACCAGCAGCCGCUCCAGCUGUUUCGAGAGUGAAGCUCCCAGAAAUCCGACUGCCGAGCUUUGAUGGACAGCUGAGAGAGUGGGUCACAUUCCGUGACACGUUCCGUAGCUUGAUUCACAACAACCAACAGUUGUCAGCAAUGGACAAAUUUACGUAUUUACGAUCGUCGUUAACCGGAGAGGCUCUCCAAGAAAUCAAUUCUGUGGAGAUGACUGAAGCGAACUACGACGCAGCCUGGGUAGCAUUGGAGCGUAGGUACGAGAACAAGAAGCUGAUCGUCAAGGCCCAUUUGGAUUCGCUGUUCUCGGUCGAGGUGAUGAAGAAGGAGAGCUACGAGUCGUUGAGUAAGCUGAUCGGCGACUUUGAGAAGAACCUGUUGAUGCUGGACAAGAUAGGAGAGAACACGGCGAAUUGGAGCACCAUCCUGGUGUACAUGAUCUGCUCGCGAUUAGAUCCGGCCACUCUCAGACAAUGGGAGGCACACCAUAAGUCAAAUGCGGUUCCGACGUACGCGAAUUCGAUUCAGUUCCUUCGUGAGCACUGCUCUGUACUCCAGUCAAUUGCGCCGAGUAAUUCCACUCCUGUCCAAGAAAAGCGGUCGAAGGUUGGCGUGAGCAAUGCUGCAGUUCAGUCGUGGAACAAGUGCCUCUUCUGUGGAGAAUCGUUCCAUUCUGCAUUCCGUUGCUUCAAGUUCCUGAAGAUGAAGGUUCCAGAACGUCUUGACGUGGCUCGGCGGAGUAAAGUUUGCCUGAACUGUCUAACUGCUGGACAUUAA